CUCUUCCCCUCUCUCGUCCCUGCAGCCCCGCUCCCUACAGAUCGAAGCCCCUCCCCUCGUUUGCUACGGGCCCUGGCUUCUCCCCUGUGCCUCACUGUCCUUUCUGGCUUUCCUUCCCUAGCCCCGCCCUUUGGCCGUGGCCUCGCCACUCUUCUCUCCUGGCCCACGCUCUUUGCAGGCCCCGGGCUCCUUCUCUGGUGGUCUCCGCCGUGCCUCUGCCAGCGCCUCCCGCUUCGCCCCGCGCUGACCCCGCAGCCCCUCAGUAUGAGACCGGGCGAGUCCCCCGGGGUUUUCGCUCGCGGGUCCUGCGCCCUUACCCCGCCCCUCUCAGCAUGCCCGCGUCCUCGGUCCCUCCCCUGUCUUGUCUUCUGGCCUCAUUGGCCCCUUAUCUCCCCAGUAACCAGAUCACAACAGAGAGCUUGGAGCUGCCGGGCACUCGAGCAGGUAGAGACAGCCUGGGUCUCGCCCCCUAUCCCCGAGCCGGCCGGGGUCGGAGGGGCAGAGAGACGGCCCGGGGACCGAGUCAGAGUCGAACCGCAGCACCCAGACUGUGUGUGGGAGUCCUGCCUCUGUGGCCAGGAUGCCUUUAGGCCUGUCGGCCAGGAGCACUCGCUCAGAGGACGGAAGUGAGGUCUUUCUGGAGGGACCCGUGGACUGGGAACUUGGCCGACUGCAGCGGCAAUGCAAGGUGAUGGAGGGGGAACGGCGGACCUACAGCAAGGAGGUUCACCGGCGCAUCAGCAAGCAACUCGAGGAGAUUCGUCAGCUGGAGGUGUUUCGAACCCAGCUCCAGACGCAAAUCAGCGUGGCCCAGAACCAGGUCAAGCGCCUUGGAGACACCAAGCGUUUGGAGGACAUGGGCCGUCUGCUCAAGUGCAAGGCGCAGGUGCAGGCCGAGGUGGAGGCGCUCCAGGAGCAGACCCGGGCCCUGGACAAGCAGAUCCAGGAGUGGGAGAACCGAAUCUUUACCCAGAGUAAGGAAGCCGCAGCUCCUGGUGUCAUCCUAGAUCAGAAGGUGAAGAUCCAGAGAAGGAUCAAGAUCCUAGAAGACCAGUUGGACAGGGUCACUUGUCAUUUUGAUAUCCAGCUGGUGCGGAAUGCAGCCCUGCGGGAGGAACUGGAAUUGCUACGCAUUGAGAGGGGCCGCUACCUGAACAUGGACCGCAAGCUGAAGAAGGUUGGGGCAAGGGGACCUGCCCCCUUUACCCGUCUGCUCCAGUUCUGUGCUCACAGGAGAUCCACCUGCUUCUGGAAAUGGUCAACACUCUCAGCAUGUCCUCCACUUCUGCCUAUACUGCCAGGUAGGCCUCAAAGGGAGGAGGCCAAGACCAAGAUGGGCAUGCUGCGGGAGCGUGCGGAGAAGGAGGAGGCUCAGAGUGAGACAGAGGCGCAGAUCUUGGAGCGACAGAUAUCACAUCUGGAGCAGCUGCACCGCUUCCUGAAGCUCAAGAACGAUGACCAACAGCCUGAUCCUGAUGUAGUGCAGAAGCAGGAGCAGCGGGCCUGGGAGGUGGCAGAAGGACUCCGGAAGACCUCCCAGGAGAAGCUGGUGCUGCAGUAUGAGGAUGCUCUGAACAAACUGUCCCACCUGACUGGCGAGAGUGACCCUGGCCUGUUGGUGGAGAAGUACCUGGAGCUGGAGGAGCGCAACUUCGCAGAGUUUAACUUCAUCAAUGAACAGAACUCAGAGCUGCAUCACCUUCAGGAAGAGAUCAAAGAGAUGCAGGAGGCCCUGAUCAGUGAGCGUACCAUUCAAGACAACCAGCACUUGCAGCAGGAGCAGGAGUGCAGGGUUUUGCAACAGCAGGUGGACAAGGUGCAUGCUGAGACUGAGCAGCUGGAGGCCCACUUCCAGGUCCUCCGAGCUCAGCUGGAAAAGCUCAAAGCUGAUGUUCAGCUUCUCUUUGACAAGGCUCACUGUGACAGUAGUGUCAUCAAGGAUCUCCUCGGUGUCAAGAGCUACAUUCGGGACAGGGACAUGGGCCUCUUCCUGAGCACCAUUGAGAAGCGGUUGGUGCAGCUCCUCACAGUGCAGGCCUUCCUCGAGGUCCAGAGCCGCACCUCUUUGACUGACGCUGCCCUUCUUGCGCUGGGCCAGAGCCAAGAGGAUCCUCCAAAGAAGACAACCCCACUCCAGCCUCCUGACAACCUUGAGGACCCCUCAGGUUUUGUGGUCAAAGAUGACUACCCCAUGAGCAAGGAGGAGCUGCUGAGUCAAGUGAUGAAGUCGGUGGAGCUCCAGGACCUGGCUGAGGCCUCGAGGAAGGACAGCAGCCCAAGCUUGACCUUCUCCAAUACCCAGCUCUCCCUCUCAGGUCCUGUUCUGGGGAUCCCUAAGAAGAGCACCAUGGUCCCUGGGUCCAUCCUGAGCUACAAGACUAGCCGAGGGCGUGGUGACUCCAUAGGUCAUGUCACCUUUGGCGAUUCAGGCUCUGGUGCAGGCCCUGUGACCUUGGCCUCUACUAAUGCCAGCGGCGUCUCUGUGGGGGGCCAUGGGAGUUUCAAACAGGCCAGCUCUAGCAGCUACCUGGGGUCUACUGGCUAUGUGGAGACCAGCCAAGGCCAUGAGAGCAUAGGUGGUGGCAUGCAGAGCCAAGAGUUGAGUGGAGGCCCUGGCUCCAGCAGUGGCCAGGCAUGUAGUACCCACCCUGUCCCCAGCACUGGGCCCAGCACGUCUACCAGCAGAGACUCCCAGGGUUACCACUAAGGGUGCAGGUCCCUGCCUGCCUCAGCGCUUGGAAGGUUUUCUAACCUCUGAUCCCCUUUUUGUAAGGACUCUCCCAUCCCUCUAAGCCCAGGCCUCUGUGUCUCUGCCUUUUUCUAUCUGCCCCUCAUUGUCUCCUUGGCUCUGACCCUCUGUUGUUCCUCAUCCUCCUUGCUUCCUGUCUCUAGUCCCCCUCAUCUCUCUCCCAAGCUCUCCUGGUAUCUGGUGCUCUUGUCUCCUCAUCUGACUCCUCUACUGAUUAGGUGUGCUUUGACAAUAAGAAAUAAAGGCCAGAGCCCAGCUCCUACUCAACCUGGUUACAAAUGUUAAAAUAUAGCUUCUUCAUCCAUUUCCAACUCAGAAGAAAAUUUGUGAGCCCCUCCCACCCUCCCUCCCUCCCUCCCAU